CGAAUUUUAGUUCCGAACUCCUUGUCUUCUCUUCUUCGUUUUCGUCGCUAAUUAAUUUUUUAACAGUCGACUGUUAUAACUCGAGCAGAACAGAACACAACAUAUAUAAACAAUUUAAAUAACGAAACCGAUACCUUAUCACGAAUCAAAAUUGAAAAAAUUCGCAUCAGUUCAAUCAAAAUUAAAACAAACAUGUCUAAACCUGAUCAGGGCGGUGCAAGUGGCGGAUCCAUACUUCAAUUCGCACCGUUUCAAAGCUCCGUUGACGAGGGUUUCUGGCACCGAUUAUCUUUUCUAAAACUUAACAAGUUCGGCAUCGACGAUUCUCCGAUUUCCAUCGCCGGUUUCUACGCGCCUUGUUCGCAUUCUCAAGUAUCGAAUCACAUGACUCUUAUAGCAGAAUCAUUGCCUAGUAAUGAGAGUGGGAGUGAUGAGUCUUCAAUUCAAGUAAUUAGUAACAGAAAUAGAUGUGCUGUCCCUGGUAUUCUUUACAAUACUAACACAUUAGAGGCGUAUCACGCGCUAGAUAAAAAAAACAUGCUCAAGAAGGAGGCUGAUAAGAUUUGGGAUGAUAUUCGUUCGGGAAAAGCUUUGGAGGAUUGUGCAUUGUUAUCUAGGUUUCUUCUUAUUUCGUUUGCGGACUUGAAAAAAUGGAGCUUUCAUUACUGGUUUGCUUUCCCUGCGCUAGUGCUUGAUCCGCCUGUUACUGUUGUGGACUUGAAACCGGCGUCGCAGUGGUUUAAUUCAGAUGAGGCAGAAUCAUUGUCAGCAGCGUGUAAUGAUUGGCGUAAUUCAACCUUAACUUCUGGUGUGCCGUUCUUUUUGGUUUGCUUUGAUUCCAAUUCUCGUGCUACUAUUAAGCAUCUGAAGGAGUGGGAGGCAUGCCAUGGUGAUGGACAAAAGCAGGUGCUGUUUGGGUUUUAUGACCCAUGUCAUCUUCCACAUAAUCCUGGUUGGCCUCUUCGCAACUUCUUAUCUCUCAUUUGUUCGAGAUGGAAUCUUAAAACCGUCCGAUUUUUAUGCUAUAGAGAGAAUCGUGGUUUUGCUGAUCUGGGAUUGUCUCUUGUCGGUGAAGCCAUAAUUACACAUCCCCAAGGAUGGAUAGAUCUUCAGUGUGCACCUAAUGCAGUCGGAUGGGAACUUAACAGAGGUAGACAAAUAUCCAGGGUUAUUAACCUUUCUAAAUCCAUGGAUCCAACAAGGUUGGCUGUAUCUGCAGCAGAUUUAAAUUUAAAGUUAAUGAGAUGGCGUGCUUUGCCUUCACUUAACUUGGAUAAGUUAUUUUCUAUUAAGUGUCUUCUGAUCGGAGCCGGUACACUUGGAUGCCAGGUUGCACGAAUGCUUAUGGCUUGGGGUGUGAGGAGAAUUACAUUGCUGGAUAAUGGCAGGGUGGCUAUGUCUAACCCAUUAAGGCAGUCACUUUAUACAUUGGAAGAUUGUCUCAAUGGAGGUGAAUUUAAAGCCAUUGCAGCAGUUAACAGCCUCAAGCGAAUAUUCCCUGCUGUGGAGGCAGAAAGUGUUGUGAUGGCUAUACCAAUGCCUGGACAUCCGGUGAGCAGCCAAGAAGAGGAAUCUGUGCUCGAAGAUUGUAGACGUCUACAUGAAUUAGUCGAUUCUCAUGAUGCAGUUUUUCUAUUGACUGAUACAAGAGAAAGCCGAUGGCUUCCUUCCCUUCUUUCUGCAAAUGCUAACAAGAUUACGAUAACUGCAGCUUUAGGGUUCGAUAGUUUCCUAGUUAUGCGGCAUGGCUCAGGUCCUCUUAGCUCAACUCAUGACCUGGAGGCUGAAGCUAAAAUUGCACUAUCUGCUGCUAUGGACAACCUUGCUGUGGCUGAUAGAGAAAGGCAGAGAUUGGGCUGCUACUUCUGCAAUGAUGUGGUUGCACCAACUGAUUCAACCGCUAAUCGCACAUUGGAUCAGCAAUGCACUGUUACACGUCCAGGACUUGCUCCUAUUGCCUCAUCUCUUGCGGUUGAGCUUUUCGUUAGCAUAUUACAUCACCCUGAUGGGAUAUUUGCACAAGGUGACAUUGUGAAUUCGAGUUACAGUGAAAGCAGUGAGCAAGCACUUGGUAUUUUGCCUCAUCAGAUUCGAGGUUCUCUCCAUCAAUUUUCUCAAAUGACACUAGUAGGCCAUGCUUCAAAUAGCUGUACUGCUUGUUCCGGCACUGUCAUAUCUGAGUAUCGGAAAAGCGGACGGGAAUUCCUGCUUCAAGCGAUUAAUCAUCCAACCUAUCUGGAGGAUAUCACUGGACUCACCGAAUUGAUGAAGUCCACUAGUUCUUUUCAGCUAGAUUGGGAUAAUGAGACGGAUGAUGAUGAUUUUGUUGAACUCUAAUAUAAAUCACCUCUCAUCUAUUUGAUUUAUUUGUACAUCUUAAUUGGAAACCCAAGAUUCAAAAUUUGCAUCAAAUGCCAAAUUAUGCCCAGCAA